GACUAAAGGAAGUGGAGGAGGUUGAUCUGGAAUUUCCACAUUUUGUAGCUCCAACAAUUGUAGGGCAAUAUCCAUAUUGUAACUUUCGAAAAAUCACUUCAAGUUCAACUUCCUCCCGUUACAGUCUUAAAAUAGCACUUUGUUGGUGAAAUAAAAAUUAUCGUUGAAUUAAAAAAGAUGGUUAUAAAAUUAUAUUCGGUGUCUGAUGGUCCACCUUCUUUGGCGGUUCGGCAAUGUUUGAAAGCAAUUAAUUUGGAUUAUACGUUAAUUAACGUUGAUUUUGGUGCUGGAGAUCAUAUGACAGAGGAAUAUGCUAAAUUAAACCCACAAAAAGAAAUUCCAGUUCUUGACGAUGAUGGGUUUUUAUUAAGUGAAAGCAAUGCAAUUUUACAAUAUUUAGUUGAAAAAUAUUAUGACGGAAAUGAUUUGUAUCCAAAAGAUCCUAAAUCAAGAGCGAUUGUAAAUCAUCGAUUAUGCUUCAACAUGGCGUUUUAUUACAGUUCUAUUUCAGCUUAUGUUAUGGCCCCAAUAUUUUUUGAUUAUCAACGAACCCCUUUGAGUUUAAAAAAGCUUCAUAUCGCCCUGGAUGUUUUUAACACUUAUUUGAAAACUCUCGGCGCAAAAUAUUCCGCCAGCGAUAACCUUACUAUCGCUGACUUUCCGCUUUGUACAGCUACGAUGUGCUUGGAGGCGAUUAAUUUUGAUUUUUCGAAAUAUUCGUACGUUUCGAAAUGGUACGAGACUUUUAAGCGAGAAAAUCCCGACUUGUGGAAAAUUGCCGAAGAGGGAAUGAAGGAAAUUGCCGAAUUUGAAAAGAAUCCACCUGAUUUGAGUCAUAUGGAUCAUCCUAUUCACCCAAUAAGGAAGGUUAAAUAAGAUUUUAAUGCAAAAUUAUGUCAUAAAAAAGUGUAUUUCUGUUUUAUAUAAAAUUAUUUAAUAGAAGUCU